AUGGGAUUAGAUUCCUGCAAACCGAAAGAGACGCCCGAGCAGAGCCCGUUGAAUCUUUGCAAUUUCCCUUACCGUCCAUUUCAAGCUGAUGGCAAACUCAUCCCUCCGCCGUUAACCGUCCUUAAACAGAUCAAGCAUUCGGGACCUUUAGGACUGAAUCAAGUAAUGAAGGUCACAGCUUGUGCUUUUCCGCCGAACGAUGACAGAAGUUUAGUGACUCUUACAACCUUCGCAGGGCUUCCUCUUAGGAACUUUCGAGCAGGGUUUUUUCAAUGUUGGGAUCUUGAGCAGACUCAAGAAACGCAAGACGAUAGCCUGUUUACGUAUUCACCGCGUCCUGUGUGUUGUUUUUCUCCAAAUGGAGAAAUCGUGUCGUAUAUUUUAAACACAGGGAACGGGCAUAUAAUUUUGGCUGAGCUCGGCCCAGAUUGUAGCCUUGAGCCUUUGAAAAUAGACUGCGAUACGGCUGGUUAUGGGGAUAGAAGUCUGCUUUCAAGAGCUUUAUGCUGUGUUUUCUCUCCAGACGGUUUCAAGGCUGUAACAGUUAGUAAUGUUACUUUAGAGAAUCACCGAGGCAGAGAAACAAAUGAAAUAUGCCUGUGGCAAGUGAUUUCCAAGAAAAGGCUAAAGAGUUAUUGGCGUGUGAGCUGUGAAGUGGUAUUGCCUCGGUUUACAGGUCAUCUGGCAAGUUGUGUUUUUUCAGCUGAUAGCACUCUUCUUGCCAUAUCCAGUUCACUGAGCCAGCUGUACGUUUUAAAAAGUGAGAAUUUAGAAUUGUUUUCUGCAAUAAGGACAGACAUUGUUGCAGGUAAUCCUUGUACUUGUGCAUUCGAUCCGGGAUAUCCACAUCAAAAACUAGCAGCAUGUUUUGAGGAUGGUCUGUUCCAGGUUUGGUUCUUUGAAGAUGGACAAGCCAAAUGUACUAGAGAAUUACAGCUUGUACAAAAUGCAGACCGGUUGACAGCAUUCUCGUACAGCCCUGAUGGAUCAUUAGCAGCUUUUGGCACAUCUCAAGGCAUGGUCAUUAUCACAGAAACAGAAAUCUUCCAGACUUUGUAUCAGUUAGUUACCAGUCAUAAUAUUGCACAGGAAACUAUUUCUGGAGAGUCAGAUAUUAGAGCUGUCUGCUCUGUUGCUUUUACAAGGAGCUGUCAGGAACUAGCAGUCGGACAAAAUGAUGGCUUUGUUCGGAUUUGGCAGCUGCCUUUAAAGUUUGAAUUGCAGCAUAUGUGCCGACUGGCAAUAAACAAGUUGGUUCCUCCAAACCAGAUUAAAGAUCUUCCGUUACCAGUGAACUUACAGGCGUAUUUAUUGUACUCUUUCCUGAACAUUGAGGAGGAUAUAUUGUGA